GUGAAGUGGCCCUAAACAGAGUUUCUGUGUAAAUUUUUAUUCAUUCACCUCCUUCGCGUUUGUUUCAUUGACGUUCCUGUGUUUGUAAAUAUUAACCGCUGGAAAUUACACGCAUUCCUAACCCGACACAUUACGUAAACCAUACCUGUUGAAAGUUAGAAGUAUAUUGUUUUAUGACUAACCUAUCGUGACUAUUUUCGAUUCCCCAUGAAAGAGAAGUAUGAUGGUAUAAUGCCGCCUUUCAGGAGAAAGAAAGCUUCGAAGUCGUUUCCAGUUAAAGUGUGUACGUUGGACGCGGAAUUGGAGUUCAACCUUGAGUGGAGGGCUACAGGAAGAGAUCUGUUUGAUUUGGUGUGCAGGACUAUCGGACUGAGAGAGACAUGGUUCUUUGGAUUACAGUUUGAGGAUACAAAACAUUUUAUCAGUUGGUUAAAACUAGACAAAAGAGUACAAGAACAAUGUGUGUCUCAAAUGCCGGGGACACCCUUCAUGCUGUUAUGCAAACUGUACCCCGAGGAUGUGGCAGAGGAGCUGAUACAAGAGGUGACGCAGCACCUGCUGUUCCUCCAGGUGAAGCAGGCGAUACUCAGCAUGGACAUCUACUGCCCACCAGAAGCCUCCGUGCUGCUGGCCAGUUAUGCUGUCCAAGCUAAGUAUGGGGACUAUGAUGAAACAGCCUACAAGCCGGGCAUGCUAGCGAGUGAGGACCUCCUGCCGCAGAGAGUGAUAGAUCAGUACCAGAUGACACCAGAAAUGUGGGCCGAGCGCAUCAAAAUAUGGUACGCGGACCACAAGGGCAUGUCUCGCGACGAGGCGGAGAUGGAGUAUCUGAAGAUCGCGCAGGACCUCGACAUGUACGGCGUCAACUACUUCGCCAUCAACAACAAGAAAGACACAGAUCUGUACCUGGGAGUUACUGCACUCGGCCUAAACAUAUAUGAGAAGGACAACAAGCUGGCGCCGAAGACGACGUUCCCGUGGUCGGAGAUCAAGCACAUCUCGUUCGACGACAAGAAGUUCGUCAUAAAGUUCGUCGACAAGUCCGUCAGCAACUUCAUCUUCUUCUCACCGAAGGGCAUGAACAAGUUGAUCCUGGACCUGUGCAUCGGCAACCACGACCUGUACAUGCGGCGGCGCAAGCCCGAUACCAUGGAGGUGCAGCAGAUGAAGGCGCAGGCCAAGGAGGAGAAACAGCGUCGUCAAAUCGAGCGCAACAAGCUAUCCCGCGAGAAGCAGCUGCGCGAGGCGGCGGAGCGCGAGCGCGCCGCCAUGGAGCAGAGACUGCUGCAGUACCAGGAGGAGAUCAAACUGGCCAACGAUGCCCUGCGUCGCAGCGAGGAAACAGCGGAGUUACUAGCUGAGAAGGGGCGAGUGGCGGAGGAGGAGGCGUCGCUGUUGGCGCAGAAGGCGGCUGACGCCGAGCGGGAGAACGCGCGACUCCGACUGUCCGCCAUCAGGACUGAGGAGGAGAAGGUGCAUUUGGAGCGUAAGACGCGCGAGGCGGAGUUCCUCACAGCACGACUAGUAGAGGAGUCGGAGCGGCGCGCGGCGGAGGCGGACCGGCUGAAGGCCGAGCUGUUAGCCGCGCGCGUCGCCGAGAAGCAGGCCAAAGAGAAGCUGCUCAACUUCCUCAGCCGCACCUCCACUACGUCGCUGCCGGCGCCGGAGUUGCCAACCUUUGGCACGGCGUCGACUUGUUCACUGCCGGCGGAGCUUCGCUCGGAGACUCACGAGUUGGACCCCGACGCCACCGCGUACCAGCUCGUGCCUGAUGACGACCCGCAUAUACACCGCCUGUCCGUAGAGAUUGAGAAGGAGAGGGUGGAAUACCUAGCCAAGUCCAAACAUCUGCAACAACAACUCGACUCCCUACGCUGCGAGUUCUCAGUACUCCGCGUGGAGGCGGGCGCUAUGGACCUGGACAGACUGCACGAGGCCCAGGCGAGAGCUGGUGACGACAAGUACAGCACGCUGCGCCGGUUGAAACAGGGCUCUACUAAGACCAGAGUGGCCUUCUAUGAAGAGCUCUGAGGGGGGGGAUUGUCCUUAGUGUAUGUUUAAUGGGUAUCUAGCCCUUUGUAACGCAGUUAGAAUGAGCGUCGAAAAUAAAGCAGUAUGGAAACGGGAUAUGGCAUUAAUAUGGAGCUUCCUCACUAGAGCUUCU